UCCCGAGCGCAGCGGGAGCCGCGGCGGCCGCAGCCGCGUUGCAGUGGGGAGGUGGGAGCCGCGUUUGGCAGCCGGGGAAGGAAACGUUCUAAAAAGGCUUUGUCUCGGGAAGCAGCAUCUCUCCUUUCCUGCCGGCCGCCGCUGAAGCCACAGCUUGGGCUCGGUUGUGCUUUUGGCCGCCUCAGGCAUGUCUUAAUUACAACCGCCAGAGCUCUGCCGUUUCUCUACCCUUCCGACAGAGCUGUCGCGAUCGCGCCUGGGCUUUGAGGCUCGUUAGCGUCUCGGUGCGAGAGUCUAUCUGAAGGAGGAAGAGCUGAAAGAAGGGUGCAGUUGUGGUGGUUUUUUCUUCUUGCUGGGUCAGCCUUGCUGGAUGGUCGCCUUACUCUGGUGGACACAAGCAGAGCGAGAGGCUUGAUUAAUUUUUUCCCCCGUGAUUAUUUUUCUUGGUGAUCACAGUGCAGAAAUAAGCACUUUUCUCCCAGUUUGCCGGUCCGUACCGAGGCAGCAGGAAUAUGCUCAUGAAGGAGUACCGGAUCUGUAUGCCUUUGACAGUUGAAGAGUACAGAAUUGGACAGCUGUACAUGAUAAGCAAGCACAGCCAUGAGCAGAGUGACCGAGGUGAAGGUGUGGAAGUGGUGCAGAAUGAACCCUAUGAGGAUCCAAACCAUGGCAAUGGUCAGCUAACAGAAAAACGAGUCUAUCUCAACAGCAAGCUGCCUAGCUGGGCUAGAGCAGUUGUUCCCAAAAUAUUUUAUGUUACAGAGAAGGCUUGGAAUUACUAUCCUUAUACAAUCACAGAAUACACAUGUUCAUUUUUGCCUAAAUUCUCCAUUCAUAUAGAGACAAAAUACGAGGACAACAAGGGGAGCAAUGACAGUAUUUUUGACAAGGAAGCUAAAGACCUGGAGCGAGAAGUCUGCUUCAUUGAUAUCGCCAGCGAUGAAAUUCCUGAGCGCUACUACAAAGAAUCAGAGGAUCCUAAAUAUUUCAAGUCACAGAAGACUGGAAGAGGCCAAUUAAAAGAAGGUUGGAGAGAGACCCAUCAGCCAAUUAUGUGUUCCUACAAACUUGUGACAGUUAAGUUUGAAGUCUGGGGACUUCAAACCAGAGUAGAGCAGUUUGUACACAAGGUGGUCAGAGAUAUACUCUUGAUUGGUCACCGGCAGGCUUUUGCCUGGGUUGACGAGUGGUACGACAUGACAAUGGAUGAAGUCCGAGAGUUUGAACGAGCAACUCAGGAAGCUACCAACAAGAAGAUUGGGAUUUUCCCACCUGCAAUAUCUAUCUCUAACAUUUCCAUGCCCUCUUCAACCCGCAGUGCUCCAUCUAGUGCUCCAUCAACUCCUCUCUCCACAGAAGCUCCUGAAUUCCUAACAGUUCCCAAAGACCGGCCUCGGAAAAAGUCUGCUCCAGAAACUCUCACUCUUCCAGAUCCAGCGAAAAAAACCUUUUAGAUUACCCCAGCAUGUUUCCUCCUGAUAAGCCAUGUCUACCACAACAAGAGUGAUGUAACUCAGUUUCUACAAUGGUCAUGGUGGUUUGUUGGUUGUUUCUUUUAUUUUCUUUUAAUUUCUUUUAUUAUUUUUUUUUCUUAAAAUAGUCAUACUGGUGUGGAAAGAUUACUUCUUUCCUCAGACCUGAUCCUUAAAACCUUCAGAGAAGUGCAUGCAAGAGAACAUAGUUUAUAUAUUCCUAAAGUAGUGUUUCAAGCCAUAUGGUGCAACUUACUGACACAGAAUGAGAUAGUCUGAGGGGAACCCCAUCAAAGAAAAGAAAUCUUUCUGUAGCAGUAUUCUACCUAUAAGUCCUUACUGAUCUCUUAGCAUUUAUAAUUAGGAGUAGGUAUUAGUACAGCUGCCAAGGAUUUCUAAGGCAAAUCAGUGCCAGCUAAAAUGCAGAGUUAACAGGAACAAACCCUCCCCUUCUUUUAUAGCCAAUUUGAAAACCCUUCCUAUUCUCAGGCUUCUCCUGCAUGUUCACAAACCUUUGACCUGUAACUCAUUGUACUUGAACACCAACAGCAAUCACUCAGAUUCACAUUUCGCUUAAUAUGACUCAGGAUUUGGGGCCUAGCUAACAAAUACAAAACCUUUCAAACAUAAAAGAUCACUGUCUGGAAGCUCCAGUUGUAAUUAAUUACACUGAGGCCAUUGAACUAUUUCUAUCUUGCACAGAAUUUGUAAUAGGAACUGCCUUUAAUAGCGCUCCCCUAUCCUUUUGUGAUCUCUUUACUCCAUAUUGGUGUUCAUCAAUGGUGUUCCAUGGGUAAGACUGACAAAAAACCAGCAGCUAAAUAGAGUCAUCUGAGAAGCAAACCCAAUGAAUUCUGUCUUUUCCUCACUGGAAGAAGAGUCGUAGUUAUGCUGUAAGUCCUUGAAUGUACAGGAAAGAAAAUAUGAGACUCUGUUUUCUUUCCUGCCUCUCAUCUUUUUAAAACAGCACAAUCUCUGCUAACAGAAAGCUGGUUCCAGCUUUUGCAGUGGUCAAGGGAUGGGGUGAACAAAAUCGCUCAAUUAAAAAAGCAGAUGAACAGUGGGGGCUGCUCAGUCACAUGUAUGCUGAUGUAAGGGAAACAGAAGUGCUCUUCCUGACCUGCCUGUGAAAUCACUCUUCAAUCUCAGGAAUUCAAAGGAUGUUUCCCAGAAGGAAAGUAUAGAUUGUGGAAGGAGGAGAAAAAUAAAUGUCAGAGGUGGUCUGUUCCUUCCUUCCUUCUCCAAAUGUAAGCUCAGUGAGAAAUUUUCAUUGCUGAGCACCAUCUGGGGUACUUUCUUCUCUUUCAAACAAGGAAUGCUGUCAAUAUCUGUAUUGGUAACUACAGUAGAUGAUGAAUAAGCUGCUGUUCAAUUCCAGUGAGUGAUAGCUGUUACCUAUAAGCUAUUACCUGAUCAAAGUGGGUGAUGUUCUGUACCAUUGGUGAUGUGGUACAUGGAUUAAAAAGAGUCCUUCAGAGCUGAACUAUCAUUGAAUACUGAACAAUCAGUUUGGGGAUGGUCUUUUACCUGGACAGGACGUUGUGCCAUCUGCUCAGCACAGUGCUGUGACUGGCUUAAAUGCACUGAACUUCUCAAUGGCUGUAGAUGCAGUAGAAGUUAUGUUGAAUGUUUGAUAUUUAUAGGGUAGCUUUGGUAGCAGGAGAAUUAAUUCCACUGCCAACCUGCACUGAAAACAAGUGUAUAUUUGUUUGAUAGUUAAAAUCCUGUAUCUAGCAAAAUCUGGGAGCUCUCUGUAGGUUAGCUGUGGUCUGACUUCAUGCAUUCUCCCAUAUACUGUCCAUAUUUUGCUUUGCUCUUCCUCUUGGAGCUGAUAAUUCUGUGUGAUUAGUAACCUAAUGGGUGAUGAUUUGUUUAAAAAGAAGCCUCUGUAAUGAAGCAAACACAACUUUCCUACGCUGGUCUAUGAUUUCAGCUUAAGAAGUGUGCAGCUUGUAUAUUCAUUAUUAUAACUGGUCAAAUAUUUUCAUUAUUAUUAUUUAUUUAGUAGCAAGAUUGGAACAUUGGCAGAGAAGGGAAGCUUUUGAAAACAUAAAGCAUUGUUUGCCUGGGUUUUCAUUUCCUGAAUUUGAUCUAUAGAGAGAGAGUUUUGGUCUGCUCCACCUGAAAGCUCCUUUUUCAAUUAUUUUUUUCUUUGUAAAAGGAGAAUUUGCUCAGCUCUGGUCAUAAUGUCCUUGUGCUUACAUAUUACUGUUUCUAAAUACAUUUUAGCCUCUGGGUUUAACACCAAAGCAGUCAUACCCUUACUCAUAUUUAACCAAUUGCUUCUCAAUCCCAUGUGGAUUCAUUGAUUUUCACAUUAAUGGAUUGGAGGAUAAGGCAUGUAUGAAAGUAAUUAACAUCCCUGAAUUGGUCACAUCUUAAUAGCUGCCUGACAGAGAUGUAGGAGAAAGAUGACAUGGGAAAAAUGACAGACUGCUUAAUGUUGUGUCCUUCUGCCUGUGCUGCUGCUGUGGCCAUUCCCCUGAGCAGUGCUGGGUUUAUUGACUGCUGGAAACAAGGAUCGCCAUCAGCUAUGUUGCCUCCAUGUUCCUUCCUAAUGAAGGCAAAGAAAAGGAUCUGUAAUGUUUCAUUGUUCUGAAUAAGAAAUACCCCAGGCUUUUCAUUGCCUCUGCUCUGUUCUACUUUGCUUUCCCCACCAGUCAUUACCCAUUUGGUUGGUAUGAUUUUUAAAAUACCUUUUUCUGUUUGGUUGGGUUGGG